CCCGGCUAAUGUGGUAUUCUCUGGUGCGACUUAUGUUUCAUGCAGGUAGCAAGGUCAUCAGUAUUUUUCAGGUAGAAGGAAAGAAGGCAAGAUCAUUCCCUAGUAAUUCUCCUCUUGAUUCCCCCACAAGGAAGGAAUCAUCUUUUGGAGCUUUGCCCAAGUGAAUUCAAAAGGGGAGAAGGAGCAUCUUCAGCUUUUCCGCAAUCUUCUCGCUACUUUACUUUAAAGCGCGCGAAUCAGGAAUUGAGUCCUUUUCUGUCCCUUGUCACUGUCUCCAUUCAUCUCCCCCGUUCAAUAGCUUCCCUGAGAACCCAACUUGUUGCUAAGAUCUCUGGCGCAGUCCCAGCGGAUUACACUUCGAUCCCCGAGAUCUACUUCUAGGAACCGUGCGAUCGUUUAAGAGUUAUGUCGUCUUCGGUGAGGGAGAAUGCAAGAGCAACAAGAGAUGCCACUUACCGGGGAAUAGUCCGCCGGAUGGUCAAUCUACCUCGGGCCAUCGUCGGCGAGUUCUCUAGGGCGAUGAAUCACAGCAUGGAUUUGAUGCGAAUCGGCCACAGAAGACACCAACAUAUCCCCAUUAACUACUCGCCGCAACAUCCACAAGAGCCCGUAACUCCCCAAGAUCACGAGUGGGCAUUCUUGACAGUCUUCGAACAGCAAUACGGCUCCAUGCACCCCUUCUUCUACGCGUGCCGGUUCGCGGAAGCGCUCAAAAUUGCGGAAGCCGAUCGGAAAUUCUUGUUCCUCUACUUGCACGCGCCGGAUCACCCCCUCACGCCCUCUUUCUGUAGAGAGACUCUGUGCUUGGAGAUGGUCGUGCAGUUCCUCGACGCAAAUUUCAUUAGCUGGGGAGGACUCGCUGACAGUGGAGAGGGCUUGCAAAUGGCCACGGCGUUGCGUCCCCAGAGCUUCCCGUUCUGCGCAGUUAUCGCUCCUGCUCCUGGCGAUAGCAUUGCAGUACUACAACAGAUAGAAUGUCCGAUCUCCCCAUCGGAGCUGGUGGACAUCCUCCAGAGGACGGUGGAAGAGCAAGGGUCAGCCUUUGGCGGUGCGAGGGCAAAGCAAGAAGAAAAGAUACAAGCCGACCGACGACUGAGAGAAGAACAAGAUGCAGCGUAUUUUGCUGCUCUAGAGACAGACAAGGAGAAGGAAAGAAGGAAGUCUUCAGGAGGAGCAGGACCCAAGGCUCAUAAGCUGAAGGAAGUUCCGCGCAAGGAAGAUUACGAGAAAUUGCAGAAGAGUCCUUCCAAUCAGCAGUACGAUAAACAGAAAGAGGCUAUGGUCGCGAGCAGACAAUUGCAAAACAAGGGAAAAGCUAGUCAAGGAAUGGAUCAACAGGUGACACAGAUAUUGAUUCGCUUUCCCAACGGCGAUAGAAGAGAACACAGCUUCUUGUGCGCAGACAAGAUCCAAUCAAUCUAUAGAUAUGUCGACUCGUUAGGCCUCCCGGGCAUCGCAAAUUACAGACUGGUGUCGAGCUUUCCGAGGAAGACGUACGGUGCCGAUCAGAUGGGAAUGACCCUGAAGGACGCUGGUCUCUAUCCUAGAGCAAGCCUCUUCCUUGAGCCCCUUUAAAAUCCAAUCCGCAGUAACAUAGCUCAGUCUCUUGUACUGAUUGUUUCAUGAUGGAUAUGCAUAACAUUUGUGGCCCUGCAUUGACAAGUGAGCCAGCCCAAGCAGAUCUAUGAAAUGUCAUAUUUCACA